UCGAAUGAGCUGUUGGGGUUCCCAAAUAAUAUCGGGGACAAACAGACAGACAAAAACAGACACACAGACGGAUGGACGGAGAUAGGCAAGUGUUCCGAUAAAACGCGACACCAUAAUUCGGAUUUCAGUAGAUACGCUUUCUUAUUUCCGUUUGGGUUUUUUUUCGGUUUUUAGUCUGAUUUUUUUUGUUAUUUAUUUACCCGCUGUAUUUAUUUAUUUGUUUAUCUAUCGAUUGAUUGCGUUUUAAUUACUGCCUUGUGACAGAGAGCGAGGGAGGAGGAGCGUCAGGGCCAAGCGCGCGCGCGCGUUGUGUUUGUGUGUAUAUGUGUGUGUGCGCGUGUGUGUUUGUGUCCGUUCAGCCUUUUUUUGUCCCACUUGUUUAUUUGGAAGCCUUUAAUGAAGCUGUUUUAAUUUAAAGAAGAAGAAAAAAACGCGCGAGCCGCCGCUUUUUGCCCACGCGGAUGAAUGUCUUACAUGUAGCCUUCAUGCAAAGGGAAGAAGAGAAGGAGCGCGUGCAGCUAGAGACCAAAUACAGUAUAGACCAAACCAAAUAGUGCAGAAAUCCAAAUAAGACUUUCUAACUCUGCUGGCCUUGUUUUUUCACUGUCGAGCGCGUUGUUAUGCGUCCUUGUUGUGCCGUUUUAAACUGCAAAGCGAAUACCAAAGCCAAGCCCGGCCGGUGAUGCUACAGGAAUAGGCUAGCGACUGUUCUCAUGCCUCCUCACACCUACAGGAAACGUUAACUGGUGAGGAGCGAGAGAGGAGUGUGAGGGGAUAAAAUAAGCUCCCGGGCCUCUAUGUUUACUCAAGGAAAACGAUAUAGCGGAGCAAAGGUAACAGAGAGACGCAGGUGCAUCGACGACAGACAGGUGACACGCAGACUUGUGUGUUUUUAUUAUUAUUAUCAAAGCUUACUUACAAUAGGCCUGCAAUUGUAACACAACUUUUCCUGUAGCCUGUAGAAGUGAGCUCUGAUCUCCGUUCUGUCCGUCUGUGUGUUGGUCUGGACUGUAAGAUAACUGCUUCACUCAAGGGACCAUCCUACAUAAAUAUAUAUAAAUAUCUAAAUAUAAAUACUAUGUUCUAUGCACAUUUACACCAAAACAAAAGCCGAGCACCAGUCUACAGAUGUAAAUAAAGUGCGCAGCUGGGGCUACAUGUGUACACACCUAACGGCGAAUGUUCUGAGCUCUCCAUACCAAAUAUUGUCCAAAAGCUGUCUGCCAGAGAAACGGACGAAAGUGCAGGAGCUUCAGAGGACGACAGAGCUUGUUACAGUACAUCUGACAGAUUAUUUGCAUCAAAACAAGAAGCCGGAGGAAGAUCAUGUUUGUUCCUUUGCCGGUGCCGUUCGUGUUUCAGAGAGCUACCCCUGACCUCAACGCCUGGCGUCUCAAAUCCCCUCUGGCUCUCCGCUCCAACUCCGAUAUCAGGAUGUCAAAGCCAGGAGAGGCUGAAAAAGUCGGGGCUGACUCACCAUUGGAGGGCACAGAUUCAGAGCGGAAUGGACCAGAAUCAAAUCAUCAGACUCAGUCAAUGAAAGCCUGUCCUUUUCCUCUGUCACCAAACCUGAGCAGCACCAAGAAUAAGAUGGAGGAGUGUGCUGACAUGUCCCCAGCCCUCCCUUCCUCUCACGGCCCGACCCCCUCACAGACUGCUCUGCAACACACACAGCUCAUGCUGACCGGCUCCCAGUUAGCAGGGUUGACAGCUCUGUUGCCGGCGCAGCAGCAGCUGUUGCUGCAGCAGGCUCAAGCGCAGCUCCUGGCUGCAGCUGUGCAGCAGUCCAAUGCAGCCCAUGCAGCUCACGCUGCCCACGCAGCCGCCCAAGCCAAUCAGCAAGCUCAGGCAGCUGCAGCAGCCAAUCAGCAAGCCCAGCAGCAGCAGCAGCAGCAACAACAACAACAGCAGCAAGUGGGGCAGCAGACUCAGUCGCAGUCCCAGGGACAGAAUACACAGGAGCAGAGCGCCCAAAGCGUCCCUGUCCCACCUCCUCCAUCCCAGCUCACCCUCUCCCAGCCAAUCCAGCUCACUGCCCAGGACAUUCAGCAGCUGCUGCAGCUACAGCAGCUGGUGUUGGUCCCCGGCCACCCGCUCCCGUCUCCUGCCCAGUUCCUCCUUCCACAGGCACAGCAGAGCCAGCAAGGACUCCUAUCGACACCAAAUCUUAUUCCGCUACCUCAGCAAAACCAAGGGAGCCUGCUCUCUGCUCCGACUAGAAUGGGGCUUCAGGCACAGCGAGAUAAGGGUGUGGAGGUGAGUGGUGGAGGUGUGACCACGGUGCCUUCCGUGACCUCUCACCCCGAGGACCCCAGUGACCUCGAAGAGCUGGAACAGUUUGCCCGCACUUUCAAACAAAGACGCAUCAAACUAGGCUUCACACAGGGAGAUGUAGGCUUGGCCAUGGGGAAGCUGUACGGCAAUGACUUCAGCCAGACCACCAUCUCCCGCUUCGAAGCCCUCAACCUGAGCUUUAAGAACAUGUGCAAGCUGAAGCCACUGCUGGAGAAGUGGCUGAAUGAUGCAGAGACCAUGUCCAUAGACAGCACCCUGCCCAGCCCCAGCUCCCUGUCCUCACCCUCUCUGGGCUUCGACGGCGUUCCCUCGCGCCGCAGAAAGAAGAGAACCAGCAUCGAGACGAAUGUACGUGUGGCCCUGGAGCGCUCUUUCAUGACGAACCAGAAGCCUACCUCAGAGGAGAUCCUGCUGAUCGCCGAGCAACUCAACAUGGAGAAGGAGGUGAUCCGGGUCUGGUUCUGCAACCGCAGGCAAAAAGAGAAGCGCAUCAACCCGAGCAGUGCCACUCCUCCUCUGCCCAACCAGCCCCCCACAGCCCCACCAGCGCACAAGCCACCCUGCUACAGCCCUCACAUGAUGUCCAGCCAGAUGUCACAGGCCGUGACGAGUCUCAGCAGCACAUCGGUGACCACCAUGUCCUCCGUCUGCCCUCUGACUUCCAGCCUCACCUCCACCCACCCCUCUCUCAGCUUAACCCACACCCCACUCAGCUCCACUCCCUCCCCGGCAACUCCACCUCCUCCACCUAUUCCUCCCCGCAGCACAGCCAGCCCGGCCACCCCCAGCCACAGCACACUCAACCUUAACACAGGCUUAUGGCGAAUGGGUAAAAAGAAUGGUGACGUGUCUAACUAUAUCACCGAUUUUGCUGCAAACCUGAGGAACACUGUGAUGGGAGUUAACACAGGGAUGAAUCAAGCCCUCCUCGGUAACAAUCCCCUGGCCACUAUCCAAGCCCUAGCAGCCAGUGGUGGCCACCUACCUCUUUCCACUCUUGAGGGUGGGAGCAAGGUGAUGCUGGGGGCAUCCGGGGGUCAAGGUGGGGGCAUCCCCUCCUCCCUCUUCCUCAACCACCCCGCCCUCCUCCACAUUGGCCAGAAUCCCAACGCCGGACUGGUCAGCACCACCGUAGCCAAACUCUCCCAGUCCUCGCCCUUCCCCUCGGCCAGCAGCAUCAGCCCCACACCCUGCUCCCCCUCUCCCUGCUCCAGCCCCGCCUCUUCCUGCUCCUCCAGCGAAAUGGCACACAGCCCGCCCUCUCUGGGCGGGGCCAAGAUCGAGUGACCCCCUCCAAGGGCCAAUCAGAGAGGAGGAGGAAGGAGGAUACUAUAACCUCGCCUUUCACACCAAAGCUAUCUCUUUCUCUCUCUUGUGCUCUUCUUUCGUUAUUUUUCUUUUCCUCAAUGGCUCUCUCUCUCCUUCUCUCCCAGUCUUUCGAUGCCAAAAAUACACAGAAUGAAAGAGGAGAGAUGGAGGGAAAGAGGUGAAAGAGGGGAGAAGGGAGAGAAAGGAGAAGAUUGAAACCAAAAAUCUUUAUCUAUCCAAAAAAAACAAACAAAGAUGGAAAGGAGGCAACGUGGGACCUUUUUGUCAAGAACACGUGAUGUCGACAAGGCACCUCUCCACUCUUUCUCUUUGAAGGAAAGCAAACCGAUGACUCUUUAACAAAGAGAUGGUAGAGGUGCUCGUCGAAGUGCAUAAACCAAAAAUGACAAAAGAAAAACUUUACUAUAUGACAAAGGAAUGGCGCAAGGACAAAAAAAAUGAAGAAGAGGAGGACUUUGCUUUCUUUUUUUUAUUGUUGUUAUUAUUAAUAAGAAAAGCUGCGGGUCUGAAGGAAGAGGAGUGGGGUGGAUACGUUUAAACCAAAAAUUUACCUGAGGAGGAGGCGGAGGAGGAAUACACAAUGACAAAAAACAAAAAAAAUCCCAAAAAAUCGACAACCAUACCAAAAUCACAAAUACCAAAAACCAAAAAUACGGAGAGAAAAGCUUUAUUCAAAGGACGUGUAAAUACUGAAGCUAUCCAGGACCAGGACUCUACUGCUACUUUCACACAACAUACAUACACACGCACACAUGCACACACACGCCCAUCCAUUCUGCAUCGACUCAUCAUGUCUGCGUCUGCUCAUGUGUUUCCUAUAGGUUUGCAUGUUGGAUUACUUUGAAUGAUUUUCUAACAUCUGCUGUGUAAAAGCUCAUAUACGAUUGUAUGAUAUGUUUCUCAGCCCUGCUCUAUCUUCAUGUGUGUUUAAGUCUCUUUACCUACCUCUGGUCGCAAGAGCAUAGGAUAGUUUGACUUUAACUUCAUAGCAGGCCUGACAUGUUUUACACUUUGAGAAGAUUUUUUUCUUUUCUUUUUUUUUUUGUUAACUAUUUAUUAGUGCCAUUAUGAACGGUUUAGCUGGUAUUUAUUUUGUAUGCUGUUGUAGUGUUAGCUUUGGAGUGUGAGUCAUUGUCAUUGUCAUCUUCAGGGUUUCCGCCAGAACAGAGAACAAAAAGCUAUCGGGUCCAGCUGGGGAUUUAAGGUGGCACUCGGUUAAAGGUGGCGCUCAAUGGCUCCUCGCCCGCCGUCAUGCACGGCCUACUGGCAGGACAGCAGGACUGUGUAGGUGCGGCUUUUGCUAUUUCUGUGCCGAUGGUGAGAAAACGGGAGAAAGGGAGGCACAGUGCGUUUCUCUCUCCUCUUAACAUGAAGAUAAAAUAAUGUAGGCUAUACCAGCAGGAGAGCGCGGUUAACCUUGUUUACAUAACCCCCAAAAAAAGAUCCCAGCCAACAGCUUUAGUCUUUAAAUAAGUAAAGUAAAAACUUGCCCCUCAGUUUGGACCCAGAGAUCCCGUGAGGGGCUUGCAAUACGCUGACGGAAACCCUGAUCUUGAUCUUCAUCGUGGACGUGUCUGUCUUCAUGGCAUCUUGUUUUUAAUGUGAACCUUCUCUGCAGGAACAUACGUUACAGUGAUAAUAAAACGCUCAUCUCAGCCCUCACCAAGUGCCAAUAGUUCAAAGAUAAAGAGUUGGCACAUUUCAAGGAGUGAAUGAAUUUUUUUAUUUUAUUUUUUCUUAUCAAGACCUAAACAUUUUCUGUUGUGCUUAAUCAGACCCGUUCUUUGCUCGGUCUUAAAGAUAACCCAUUAUCGGUGACUCCACGGCUUAAAUGAACACGCCCUGCUAAACUUCACACUCUGAAAAUGAUGUUUGUAAAGAGUGGUGACCGUUUGGAAAGUAUGAAAUGGGGCUGUGAUUGGAGAUUUGCAGGAAUCACCGUUUGAGAUUGAAGGCUAAACAAGUCAAUAAAGCCAAGUUUAGUCACAGCUGGCUCUCGUUCCUGCCUCGUCAAUCAGCGUAGACGUCCUGACACCUGUAUGUCUAGACAUGUUUACUGAUAUUUGUCUGUUUCCAUCAUCACCCCAUCAAUCAUUUCAUUUUCCACCUCAGACUGCCAUUAAUUCUCAAAUGGAAACCAAAGCAUUUUUUCAAGGCUGGGCUUUUCUAUAAGAGCCGCAGCCAAGACACAUGAACACAAUACAGAGACAGAGGUGGAGAUGAGGGGGGCGGGGGGAGCUGAGAACAGGAGGGUAACACUGGAAGAAGCCCCCACUCCCCUCUGCUGUAAUCCCCUCCACCCGGCCCGUCCAAGAAACCCAACUCGGGAAGGGGGGGUUUCUUUAUUUAUACGGGACUGAUCCUUUACUACAACAAAGAAGGGUAUGCUGGGACACGCUGUAGUGAGCAGGGAGCAGGUGUCACAUGUUUUUUGUUGUUUUUGCUUUUUUUUUUUUUUUUUUUAAAGAGGAUACCAAAAAUAAACCCAAACCAAAUAAAAACCAAACAAACCCAAAACCCAAGGAGCGACAGAAGCAAACCAAAAAGAACCCAAACCAAAUGUGGCUGGAGGGAGGAGGACGGGAGGAGGACACGGUGCAGGAGAUGAAACAAACGAAGCAUCGCUGUGUGUCUGUCUGUAAGCGUCAGGGCUGCAGUGCCAGCCUGUCUGAAACUGUGUAGCAUGGAUGGAGGCGACUUAGAGGAGCAACAGACGGCUCCUCCCCUCCUCUGCCCCCCCCUCUCCAGCUCAGCUCUCUGGUCCUGGAUGGAGCUAAACGCAAAUGACCUCACUGAACUGAAAUCUUAUUUAAAAGGAAAAAAAAUCUGUUUUUAUUUUUCUGUUGGUUGGUUCCGAUUGUUUUAUCUUUGCUGUGUCUCUUGAUGCCGUUUUAUGUACUGUACUUUAGUGCUUAUUACUACUUAUUUGGGAUAACGUACUCGCUUACUUACUACAAGAGCUAUUUUUUUUGUAGUCGUGCUAGAGAUUUUUAUCAGGUGGUUGGAAAAAAAUACUGUGAAAAUUUAGCUUCCAGAUUUUUAUUAGAUAAAGAAACGGACUGUCUCGGCAGAAAAAAAAACUGAAGACGAACACAAUAAGCCAAAAACGAAAAGAGUUGAAUAGCAAACCUUAAAAAAAAUUAAAAAAUGCCAAACCAAAUGAACCAAACCAAAAACACAAAGUGGGCAGGGACAGAUACCGCCUUUUCUGCACAAGGGUGGAGAAAUGUGUUGGUCUCAGUUAGUCUGAGUGUGUUUUUCUGUAUUUAAGCGGUGAGAAAAAUAAAAGGUUAGCAGUGAUCUCUUGUCACUAAUCCCGAAACCCAAAGACAGCAGCGUGAAACGCGCUCACAGAUACAGAACAACACACACAGCGAAGGCCUCGGUUAAGGUGAUGUGUUGCAAGUUGGACGCAAACGUAUCCAAAGAAUAUUUGGUUUGAUGCGCACCGGAAAAAGACAGUCGACACACGAGAAUCGUUUCACAAACCAAGCUUUAGAUGUGGGGAGAAGGGGCGUGGUCGCACCUUAAAGGUGAAUCCUUUCCUCCACGUUGACUCUUAGACGGAAUGUACCUGUUAGUGCUUCUAUAGAUUUUGUAGAAAAAAAAGAUCUAUGUUCUACUGCUUACUUAUCGCUAAUGUAUUAAAAAGAAAAAAUGCUUACAAAAAAGACUUUGAGAAAAAAAAAGAUCCUUAAAAAACAUUGAUGAUAAUAACUUGAUUUUAGACCAAAAAUUUAAACUAUCUCUCUUUGGAUUUUUCUUUCUCCUUGUUAAUCAUGAUUUAGACUUUUGAUUGUACUAUUUAUUCAGGGUAGAGUUGGUUUGUUUGCUUGUCUUUAUCUUUGCUAUUUAUUUGGUAAUUUAUUCCUAUAGUUGUUUUUUCAUUUUCCUAUUUUGGGGAUGUAUUUGUCAUGUUUUUCUUUUCAACACCCUUCUGAGGUUCUUUCUUCUGUCUUCAAACCAAAUAAUACCAGAAAUGCCAACGCAGGUUCUGUUAGGGGGGGUUAUAUGAAGAUAUUCCCUUCCUUUCCUCAUCGAGACGACUUUCCUCUUAAAGGGGAAGGGAAGCACGCAGCGGUGAGAGGUAGCACUGUGCGGACCGACGCUUCAUGAUUUGCAGGGGCGCAGGUUUUGUGGACGUACUUUGUGUCUGGGUGUAAUUAAAAGAAAAAGUUGGUCUAAAAUCCAGCGUCGGUGCAGGGAAAGGAUAAAUAUGAUUUGUAGCAUGAAGUGUUCUUUGAGGCACAAUGCUGCCUCUGUUCUCUAUCUUUUCUCCACAGGGAGAACACACAAAGCUUUACAGCUACACAACCAAAAACACAAAAGAAGAAGAUCAACUAGGGCCAAGGCUUCGCUGUUUUUUACAUGAUAGAGAGGAAAGAAGGAGGCAAAGGAGAAAGAGGGUGAUUUUGAAUUCCCAGCUGUAAAUUGCCUUCUAACGUCUCACUUUGUCUCCGUUUCUGUUUUUUCUUUCCGUUUCCACUUUUUGUGUAAGGUGCUUUUGCCUUCUUUUUAAAUUUCCUCCAUCCACUGUAGGAUGUAAGAGAGAGAUAGUUCAUCAUAUACCUCAUAUUCUUUGAUGAUAAACCAAAUAGAUGAAUGCUUUAAAUCGCGGGGCUCCAGUGGGUAUUGGGGUAUGGGGACGUGUGGACUGUGUGCUUGUACUGACUGGAAGCGGCACGGUGAGGUCAAAGGUCAUUAUUCUUUAUGGACAAAAGGUUUGGGAACAAUUUGGGAGGGGACCAAAUCCUUGGAUGGAUUGUAGUUUUGGUGCAGUUUAGGGUUAAAAGGCCCCACUGGUUUACGCUCCAGUCUACACUCACACACACACACACACACACACACACACACACACACACACACACACACACACAUGCCUUGUCCCCCUGAAAACCACCCCCGCUGUCUGUGUUGAGCUUUGAACACAGCCCUCUCCUCACAUCCUACCCUCACUGCUGCCUCCCUGUCAAACAUGCACUAUGGGCUUAAAGCUGCUCUUCUGACAUCAAAUCUGGAUCUGUUAUAGACUUUAUAAAGCUUCCAGGUUUGUGCCUCGGAGCAACUUUAGCCCUCUUUCGCCUUUGGGUCUUUAUUGCCCAAUCUGAUCAGUCCACGUGCAUCAGGAGGCGCCGUAGGGCAGGUAGCCACGGGGACGGCUGAACCCGAGCUUGCUAGGUGACGCAUCCAAACACGUUUCACAACUCUGUGUGUGUACGUGUGUGUUUAUGUGUAUGUGUGUUGAGAAAGUGGAAGUUGGAGGGAGAGAUGUACACAUGAUCAAAACAUCUGGAUUCUUCCUGAGAGUUCAGAUGUUUCAUCUUUUUUUCCCUACUCUCUGUCUCUCUCGAACCUCGGGGUUUGAGGGACCGGGUGCAAAGUGCAGGUCUCUGUGGCAGGGAUACCCCCUUAGCGAAUGAUACCAAAGUCAAUGCCCUGCCAUGUGACCCAGCGCGAUGUUCACGCUCCCAAAAAUCCUGACGUUGCAAUAACUGUCAGGCAUUCUCCUCCAUAAAAUCUUUACAGAAGUUGUUCUUUGUUUUUAAACACAGUUGCACACUGGAGGGAUGAAAUGUUCGCUUUCUUGCAGAAUGUUAGAUAAGGUUACAGUAGCAUAUAAAGCCAAUGCGGCCAUGGUGAUGCCAAAGAUUGUCUUGUAAAGUUCAGCUGUGAAGCCUCAAGUUUCAUAUUUUGGUUGUCGCCUUCUUUUAAUCAAAAACAAGCCGUCACAUUGGCAGAAAUGGAAACUGAGGGUGGCUGCAUCCUCGGAUAGUAGCAACUGUCAGUCACACUAAAUCCUCUUGACUUAUUUCUUGCAAAUGGAAGAGUCUCCUCCUGCUGGCCAUUAGAAAGAAUGCAGGUCUAAGGCACUCCCCCCCCCCCUCCCCCUCCCUUCUGGCUUGACUUUUCAGACCCAUCUUUAUAUACAGUCUUUAACAUUUUAACCACUGAGCUUAAGAGGUGUGGGUUGGUGUUUUGUUUUUUUUAACCUGUGGAUUGUAGAGGUGUUGAACUGAAUCUUUUCUCAGUCACGCAUCCCACAGUGGAGACUAGAAGUGCUGUUGUCAGAUCAGCCUUUGUACACGGUAGAUCAAACUGGCUAAAAAAAAGCCACACAUGAACAGGUUUAGAUUUUGCACCAACCUGAAAAUAGCUGCUUGAAUUUAAUGCAAAUGUUAACGCUUCUGCUCUCUGCUGGAUGUACCAAAGUGCAUUUAAACUGUAGUGCUUCACUUAGAGUGAAGCUUUGAUGACUGACUGCCAAUGCAGUGAGCCAGCAUGUGACUGAGGGUAAAGUUGAGAGGAUGGUGGUUUAUGUCGGUGUGACUUUUCUGUUCAUGUUUCUCAACACCAGCUCUCCUUGUGGAUGUUAGGAAGGAACCUUGUUGCACGCACCCGUAAAGUAUUACUAAGGCUCCCUAUAGCACCAUGAGUUAUUACAUCCUGGAACUUAGAAGAAAGUGAAUGCUGCUUCCUUUCUUUAUGCUACACCAGUCUACCGACAACCCUGGACUGUAGCUUCAGAUCUACCCUACAGUCACGAUCAUCUUAUCUAACAAUCAGCAAGAAAGCGAAUGAGCCCAUUUCCCAUCUAAAACGUCUGACUAUUCUUUCAAAAUGUGAGAAAGUAGUCAAAUUUUGUCGCUGCGCACGAAGCCAUGAGAGAUGUAACUGCUGAAGAGUGAGAGACACAGCAAGCUGAGCAAAAGAAAGCUCGUCUUCCUCUGCCCACUCUCAUCCACACAGACACGCUCUUCCGCUCCUUCAUCCAUCCCUUCUCUCUCUCCCUCUUCCACAAUGCAGCUUUAAUCCAAAGGUUCUCCUGCAACACAGCAAAGCAAGUCAGAUGUUAAAGAAUAAAACCAAAGAGCUCUAACUUGACCUUCUCUUCUACACAAAGCUUCUCCGCUCCAUCCUUCACCUCUCUCUCCCUCGAUCUCCAUCCCACCCUUUCUGUCGUCUCCCCUCUGAAUCCUUAUGUCACCUAGCGAGCCGGUCUGAAGCAUUAACCUCAGCUAUCCAAAGGGAUAUAAUAAUAAUGAUAAUAAUUAAGAUGAUGAUGAUGAUGAAAUGUAUAUUUUUAAGUAUUUGUCAUUGGAAAAAUAAUCUUAAGCUUCUCAUAAUUAUGAUGAUCACGGUGAUGACGACGAUGAUGACGAUGAUAAUGAAGUUUCUCUUGGUAUCUUUGUAGCUGUUCUGAUCCUUCUUAAGUUUGUGUCCUUUCUGCUUGUGCUGCCAGAGUACUGCUUUAACUACCAUCACCUCCCUCCCUCCCUCUGCACCCACCUACCCCUGCUUUUCAUUUGCUUCACCCCGAUGUUUGGUCCUAACAUCUACCUGUAUGACCUUUACCCCUGGAUGUUUGUCUACACCUGUGUGUGCGUGUGUGUGUGCAAAAGAGAGAGCGGGAGAAAGAGCGAGCUGUAAAACUCUGACGAGGGGAAGUUUGAGAUUUUUUUUGCUGGAAGCGGUCGGUGGGCCGACCUAGUCUGUUGAAUCUACCUGUGGGUGUGUCUGUGUGUUUGUCUGUGUGUGUAUGUGUGUGACUGGGUGGGAUUUGGGUCGUUGGAAAGUGGGAUGGGUGUGGCAGACAAAAAGAUUGUUCUUUGGAGAAUAACGAACUCCAACACAUGACCUGUUAUGUCAACUGUAACGUGCUGUUUGCCAACUUCCCAGUACAUGUAGCUUUAAUUCCCACUGCCACAAUAGUCCGUGUGUGUGUCUGAGUGUGUGUGUGUUACUGCGGGUAGGGCUGCGUGACUGUCACUCCUCCCCCUUUUGUGUCUUCCAUCCUGUGAGCAGCCCCCCUCCCCUUCUGUCUGCCCCCCUUUAUUCUCCCUUGUGGUAGCAAGUUAGCCUUUUACUGUAUUUAUCUUGAAAACCAAAAAAAAAGGAAGAAAAAUAACUGCUUGUUCAUUGUACAGUGUUGUUCAUUUUAAGUCAUUUUUGUAACUGAAAGUGUUUCAUUCAUCCAAAUAAAACAGGAGACAAAAACUGUACAGACGA